UCUAGUGAACGUGAACACAAAAUAUUUCAAGACAUUGUGGUUGACACUGUUGACAGAUACGUCGUUCAUGGAUGAAGGCGUGGUGUUCAGAAAAAAAUAUCCUGAAUCCUUGGCGUAGUUUGAAGUGUUGUACUAUAUUAUUAUUGUGGUCAAGUGCUGUUACUAGAGUAUUCGAAAUUUUAACUCUUUACAAAACUGAUAUUUCCACUUAGCAGAAUUCCAAUGGCCAACAGUCAAGUACUUUUGUCAGCUACAGAGAAAUAUGAAUUAAUUUCCCGGAAUUUACAAGAGGUGUUGGGGGAACAUAAAAUAAAAUCCAUAUUAAAGCAGAGAGAUUUAAAAAUAUAUUGGGGCACAGCAACAACUGGAAAACCGCAUGUAGCUUAUUUCGUGCCUAUGUCUAAAAUUGCAGACUUUUUGCGGACUGGUGCAAGUGUUACUAUUCUUUUUGCAGAUUUACAUGCCUAUUUAGACAAUAUGAAAGCCCCUUGGGAACUUCUUUCUUUACGAGUAACAUACUAUGAACACUGCAUCAAAGCAAUGCUUAAAUCAAUUGGUGUGCCAUUAGAAAAGCUUCACUUUGAAAAGGGAACAAAUUACCAGUUGUCCAAACAGUAUACACUUGAUGUUUAUAAACUAAGUUCGAUUAUCACUGAACAUGAUGCAAAGAAAGCAGGAGCAGAAGUUGUAAAGCAAGUAGAUCAUCCGCUGGUUAGUGGGUUGUUAUAUCCAGGACUGCAGGCUCUAGAUGAAGAAUAUUUAAAAGUUGAUGCCCAGUUUGGCGGAAUUGAUCAAAGAAAGAUAUUCACUUUCGCUGAAAAAUAUUUACCUCAAUUGGGGUACGAGAAGAGAGCACACUUAAUGAAUCCAAUGGUUCCCGGUUUAACUGGUGGAAAAAUGUCGUCCUCAGAAGAUGAAAGUAAAAUAGACUUAUUGGACAGUCCUUCUGCUGUCAGACAGAAGUUAAAGAAAGCAUUUUGUGAACCUGGGAACAUUGAAAAUAAUGGAAUUUUAUCAUUUGCAAAACAUGUUAUCUUUCCAUUACUUAAAACUGACGAAAACUUUAUCAUUACACGCAAGGAAGCCAAUGGCGGAGAUGUCAGUUUCGAGUCGUACGAGAAACUAGAAAAUGCAUUUGCAAGUCAAAAAUUACAUCCAGGUGAUUUAAAAACAAGCAUGGAAGUGUACAUAAAUAAAUUGUUGGAUCCGAUUAGAAAAACUUUUGAAGAUCCAUGCCUAAAAGAGUUAUCCGAAAAAGCAUAUCCUCCAAAAAAGAAAGAUGCCGAGGAAAUUAAACCACAUUGUUUAGAUAUUAGAGUGGGCAAAAUCGUUGACGUAGAAAAACAUCCCAACGCAGAAAAUCUGUAUGUCAGCAAAGUAGAUAUCGGAGAAGAAUCACUUAGGACCAUCGUCAGCGGUCUUGUGCAUUUUUAUUCAGUAGACGAAUUGCAAAAUCGCAUGGUUGUAGUUCUUUGUAAUUUGAAACCUAUAAAAAUGAAGAGUAUUGAAUCAGCAGGAAUGAUUUUAUGUGCUUCAAAGGACGAACCUAGGCAAGUUGAAAUUUUAAUACCACCUGAGAAUGCUGUUCCUGGAGAAAAAUUAAUUUUUGAAAGCCACGAAAACGGAGAGCCAGAACCUGUUUUAAACACAAAAAAGAAGGUUUGGGAAAAACUGCAAGCCGAUUUUAGAGUUAAUGGUGAUUGUAUUGCACAGUGGAAAAAUUACAAUUUAGUUACAAAAGCUGGAGAUGUAGUGCAGUGCAAAUCUUUAAUUUAUAGUUUUGUCAGAUAAUAAAUGGACCACUAACAAAGAA